AUGUCUUCUUGCAACAACUCCAUUCCUCAGCCCUUGAUAUUUAUCCUGGCUGGAAUUCCUGGCCUCGAAUCUUUCCAUGGCUGGAUCUCUGUGCCUUUUUUCUUGGUAUUUGUCAUCACAGUCAUUGGCAAUGUUACCAUUAUAUGCAUCAUCCGGGUGGAGAUGAGUCUUCAUGAGCCCAUGUUUCUCCUCCUGGCCAUGUUAUCAACUGUUGACCUGUGCCUGGUCACUGUAACUGUGCCCCGCAUGCUGGGAAUUUUCUGGAUGAAUGACAAGGAAAUCGGUUUCAAUGCUUGCCUCACACAGAUGUUUUUCAUGCCGUCCUUCUAUGUCAUGGAGUCUGGGAUCCUCCUGGCCAUGGCUUUUGACAGAUUUGUGGCUAUCUGGUACCCUCUGAGAUAUACCACCAUCCUUGCUAACAGCAUGCUUAUAAAGAUAGCACUGGCUCUUCUGGCAAGGACAGUGGCAGUGCUGACCCCAGCACCCAUCCUGGCAAAAAGACUGGACAGAUUCCAAACCCACAUAAUUCCUUACUCCUACUGUGCGUACACGCCUGUGGUGCUGAUAGCCUGCGGAGACAUCUCUGAACACAUUACCUAUGGCAUCAUGUUUAUCGUAGCAUCUGUGGGAUUUGAUCUUUUUAUCAGUCUGUCAUACGGACUUAUCCUUCGUGCUGUCUUUCGGAUACCAUCUUGGGAAGCACGGGGAAAAGCUCUCAGCACAUGCAGCUCUCAUCUUUGUGUCAUUGGUCUGUUUUAUUUUCCUGUUGUCAUCUCUGUCCUGGCCCAAAUUUUAGGCUACCAUUUGGCUCCCCAUCUACUGAUUAUCAUUGAUAAUCUCUAUUUCCUGGUGCCUCCCAUGUUCAACCCCUUGAUUUAUGGUGCCCGGACCAAGCAAAUGCGGGAGUGGGUGCUGCGGAUCCUCCACUGUCACGGAGACUGA